GAAAACAAUUACCACAUUUUUAAUCACGUAACUUCCUUUUUUUUUCCCUUUUGAAACACAAAUUUUUUUUUUCAAAACGCCCAGAUAAUGGACGACCGUGUGACAUUUAAGAGACCAAAAUGCUUUUAAAUUACAUUGAUUCAUGAAAGAAAAGAGCACCGCGUUGAUUUUUGUGUGGUUUGAUUUAUUUUUCUCAAGCACUUUGUUUCAAGAUUGGUUCAAUGACUAACCAAAAAAAAAAUGGAAAAGCACCUUAGACUUGAAGUUUUACCGAUGAAAUCGAUGUGAAACAAUAGUUAAGAACAUGAGAAACGCAUUUCUCAAUCCUUUUGUUUGGUAAAAAGGAACCGAAUAAAGUAGUAUUACAUUACAUUAAUGGUGAUGAUGUUUCUGCUGUUAAAUGCCCCCAUAAAAGCUUCAUUCUCAUAACUCCAAAACCACCAAAUUAAAUUGCCAAGUUCUUCACCAGAAAAGCAAACAUGUCUACUCUCCAAUCUUCAACGUCUUCCACUUCCAAUUCAAAUUUUGAUGAGCUUCGAUGGGUUAUCAACAUCCGUCGUUCCCUGGAUGAAGACCUCGAUGAAGAAAUCGAAGUUCUCGUUUGCAUUUUCAAUGUUCCCAAAACACUAAUGUUGACUGAUCCUGAAUCUUAUACCCCUCAAUUGGUUGCUUUUGGUCCAUUCCAUUAUUGGCGUCCAGAGCUGUAUGAGAUGGAAAGAUACAAAUUGGCCGCAGCCAAAAGAAUUCAGAAGCAGCUCCAGUCUCUUACGUUUCAUAAUCUUGUUGACCAAUUGAUCAAGUUUGAACCUCGGAUUCGAGCAUGUUAUCACAAGUAUCUGGAUUUCAAUGGUGAAACAUUAGCUUGGAUGAUGGCCAUUGAUGCUUCAUUCUUGCUUGAGUUUCUUCAAAUCUAUGCUCUCAUAGAAGGAAAGACUUUAUCGAGAGUUUCCUCGAGGAUGUCACAUUUGGUUGAUUAUGCAGGAAGGAAGUCGGCUCACAAUUCAAUUCUGAGAGAUAUCGUGAUGCUUGAGAAUCAAAUUCCUUUGUUUAUUCUUCGAAAGGUGCUAGAAGUCCAAUACUCGUCAUUAGAAUCAGCUGAUGAUAUGUUACUUUCGAUGUUAAGGGGAUUGUCUCAAGAGCUUUCCCCUUUCAAAAUGAUAGACAACUUGCCAAAGAUUGAAAUCUUCAAGUGUGCUCAUGUUUUAGACUUCCUUUACGACAUGAUCGUGCCAAAGGUGGAUGAACCAUGUGAAACAAAUGAAGCAGAGGAUCAUAAAGAAGCCCCAGAAGACAAAGAAAGUGAUUCUGCAGAUCCAAGUUAUGUAAAACAACUCCUGAGUGAGGUAUGGAAUCUGCUUUCAAAAUUAAAGAGAGGCCCGUUGCGUCUCAUCAAAGCACUGCUGCUAUCCAGACCUCUCAGAUUCAUACUUAAAUUGCCCUGGAAAAUCAUCUCUAACCUCCCUGGAUUUUCAAUCCUGAAGCAAACAAUUGAAUAUUUGUUCUUCUCACAAGACAAGGAAGAAGAAAAACCUGAAAACAGUUCUGGCCUCAACAAGCCACCUCUGGCAGAGGAGAUCGCAAUUCCCUCUGUCGCCGACCUUUCUAAAUCGGGAGUCCGUCUUUUACCCACCAAUGGUAACAUUUCGACCAUUACAUUUGAUGUCAAGACUGUUACAUUAUAUCUCCCAACUGUCAGUUUAGACAUUAAUACAGAGGUGGUCUUGAGGAAUUUGGUCGCAUACGAGGCAUCAAACGCAUCAGGGCCAUUGGUUUUCACGCGCUACACUGAAUUGAUGAAUGGAAUUAUCGAUACCGAGGAGGAUGUCAAGUUAUUGAGAGAAAGAGGAAUACUUUUAAACCAUUUGAAGAGUGAUGAAGAGGCUGCAGCAUUGUGGAAUGGGAUGAGCAAGUCCAUCAGACUGACCAAAGUCCCGUUCUUAGAUAAGGUGAUAGAAGAUGUUAACAGGUAUCAUAAUUGCAGAUGGAAUGUUAAAGCGAGGUACUUCUUUAAGCAAUAUGUAUAUGGUUCCUGGCAGUUCCUCACAUUGCUAGCUGCAAUUAUGCUUCUGAUCUUGAUGAUAUUCCAGGCCUUUUGCUCGGUUUAUAGCUGCUCUCGAAUUGCACGUAUCCAGACCUCUGACUGACUUACUUUGGUGCAUUUCCUCAAUCCUUUGUUGAAGUAUACCAAGAUGCAUCACAAAUUAAUAUCUUCAUUUUUUUUUAUUGAUUGAUUCAUUGAAUAUUGUUGUGUGGAGUGAGACUUUAAUUUGGAUCUAACUGUCGUUAAUUGAAAUUUGAGAUAUAUGGAUUAAAGCGUCAGAGUCUGCCUAAAAAUUGUGUUUUGAAGGGUUUCAUGUUUGAAUUAAGGAAAAUGCAGCUCGGAUUCAACUCAGGUUAAUGGGAAUGAUGACGAAAGCAUUUAAGUUUCUCGCUUUUGAUCUUGAAAAGACGUAUUCGAACACACGUAUAUAUACAUCUUGAAUCACAUGAUAGGAUGCUGCUUAAUUUUCCAUUUUUCUUAAUACG